AUGUCAGUCGGAAACACACACCGAGCGAAGUCUCGGGUGACCAGUGCGAUUCCUAUGGUUUUCGGCUCGCUGAAAUGGCUUCGAGCUUGGUUACCUAAUGUUGACUCCAGUGCUGAGGAUAAAUUGGUGUCUUCUGGUUGCACCUUCAGGCGCUGCGAUCUCCAACAGGAAUAUCACGCGCUGAAGAUGCGCCUAGAUAUGAUGAAGAAGAUGGAAUUGGAAUACCUCGAGGAGAUAGAGGAGCUUAAAAGCAUGGUUGACAGUUUGACGCAUCAGUUGGAAGAGCGGCGCCAUGAUCCCCACCCAGAAAGCGCAGUUAAUCUCACGCUUGACGCUAACAAGUCCACAGUUGAAAUUGUUCAGCAGAUCGACCAAUUACAAUCUGAGCUGGAACUCAGCGAAAAGAAAGUCACAGAUUUGGAAUCGCAAAAUGCUCUUCUUCGAGAACGCAUUGAUAUUUUGGAACUUACGAAAGAAAGUACUACUCUUAACACUACUGUUGAAAAUACUACAAAUGAGCUCAUUUCAGAAAUUGAUAGCCUUAAGACACGGCUGCUUUCUGAAGUAUCCGAGAAAGACAGAAUGCAUAUUUUGCUUGGAGAAAAAGAACAGGAUUUGGCUGCCGCUAAAUUUCAAAUAAAUGAAUUACAACUCACCGUUAAGAACCUGCGAGAAGAAAUGUGUGACCUCAAUACAGAAUUGGAAGGUCUUAGGUUGCAGGCUGGCUCAAUCAGUAAUUCAAGGGGAAACUCACUUUUCUCCGAGAUUGAGGACCGUCGGCGUCGAGCUGAACUUUUAGUUAAGAAACAACAGAUAAUCAUAGACGAACUCAAAAAUGAGCUAAACUCUGUCCAAUGCGAAUCCCGGAAGAAAAUUUUGCAACUCCAGCGGGAGAUCGAGUCCAAUAUAACCAAAGCGGACUCUGCACUGAUCACUCAGCUCUACGCUGAAGUUGACCGUUUAAAAAAGGAAGUCUCGCGCCUCGAAUCAAUUCAAAAUACAGGUCGUGAUCAGCAUUUGACAGACCUUCGAGAAGCUGAUCGGAUGUCAACUGCAUUCAGGCCGGAUAAUUCCAGUCACCACAAUCUCAUCAAAGCCCUAGAAGAAAGACUUUUGGAUUAUAAAUGCAAUGCGGAGAAGACGAAACAGGAGUUGGCUUCUUUGCGAGAACGGUUCAUGAAGGAGACACACAUUCGUUAUGACUUGAGUCGAGAACUUGCUCAACAACGCGCAGUAGCCCAACGCUUGUCUCAAGAACUUCAGUUACUUCAUAUCGCAAACAAAGAAAACACGGAGAAUUCGAAAGUCUUUCAUGAGGAUGGAGACACCGAUUCAACAGAAUUGUUGGGCAAUGUGGAACAGGGUAAUCCCUCCCUUGGACCUUCCGAUCUGCAGGAGAAGGUUGAAUGCAACCAUUCGUGA